AUGCUACCGCAUGCCACUUCCGACGUCGAGCGCCGGCGCUCCUCAUCCCAACAACCACCGUCCAAAUUCCCCGACUUCACCGAUCCCUUUCCCUCCUCCUUCGAUGGUGAGCAAGAGCAACGACAUGGACAAGGCGGCGAGGAUGUAUUCGAAUCGGGAGGAGAGGAUAUUUCGCGCGGCCCGAGUCCCCGUCCCCUCCCCAAUGGCCUCCCGCCUGGACUGCACUCGAGUGAACGUUGGCCGACGCGGAGGGAUUCCACCGCCAAAAGUUGGGCUUCUUGGGCUUCCAAUGGCCGAUUGCGAGAUACUCGGCCCGGCAGACAAAAGAGCCUGUCCGAGGCCAUUCGCACGGUGCGGAGACGAAAGGCGAGCAUGUCGGAGAAUGCGCAGGAAAUCGCCCAAGCUUUAAAGGCUCCCGUGUCCAUGCGAUUGGUGCUGCUGUGUGCCUUCUGGUAUGGGACAUCCAUCCUGACCAACACAUCCUCCAAGGCUAUAUUGACCGCCCUCCCCAAACCCGUCACCCUGACCGUCAUUCAAUUCCUCCUCGUCUCCUUUUGGUGCGUCUUCCUCUCCUACCUGGCGAAGCGACAUGCGGGCGUGCGGGAUGCUCUGCCCGUGUUGAAGAAUGGCAUUCGACGGCCCAGCAAAGACAUCAUCCUGGCCACCCUCCCCCUCACCGCCUUCCAAAUCGGUGGACAUAUCCUCAAUUCCGAUGCCAUGUCCCGCAUCCCCGUCUCCCUCGUCCACACCAUCAAAGGCCUCUCCCCACUCAUGACCGUCGUGGCAUAUCGCCUCUUCUACAACAUCAAAUACUCCACCCCAACCUACCUCUCCCUCGUUCCUCUAACAUUAGGAGUCAUCAUGGCCUGCUCCACAUCCUUCCGUGGCAACUUCAUCGGUCUCAUCUACGCCUUGGGGAGCGCCAUCUUGUUCGUCACCCAAAACAUCGUCUCCAAAACCAUCUUCAACGAAUCCUCCCAAGCCGAAGCCGACGGCGUCCCCAUGGGCAGGAGGAAACCCGACAAACUCAAUCUCCUCUGCUACUCCUCCAUCAUGGCCUUCCUUCUAACCUGCCCCGUCUGGCUCUGGUCCGAAGGCUUUCCCCUCCUCGCCGACUUCUUCCACGACGGCUCCAUUGACCUGCGAGAGAAACCCGGCUCCUUCGAUCAUGGUCGCUUGGCAGCCGAAUUCAUCUUCAACGGCACCUUUCACUUCGCCCAAUCCCUCGUCGCCUUUGUCCUCCUCGGAAUGGUCUCCCCCGUCACCUACUCCGUAGCGAGUCUCAUCAAACGAGUCGUCGUCAUCAUGUUUGCCAUAAUCUGGUGGGGAGCCAGCAUGACGCGCAUUCAAGGUUUGGGCUUCCUGUUGACGUUUGCGGGAUUAUAUCUCUACGACCGCACCAGUGAUUCCGCGAAGGCGGAUAAGCGGGCGCGGGAACAGGGGACAGGGGAGAGCGCCCGGCCGUUGUUGCCGAUGAGUUCUACGGAUGGUACGAAUAAGAAGAGUGACGGCCCGCAAUCUACACCAUCAUCAUCAUCAUCAUCUGGUGAGGGAGGGUUCAUGGGAAGGAGUGGGUAUGCCCUGGGGGAUCCUAUGGGGAGUGGACCGGGGAGACCACCAUUGUUGGAUGGGGGGAAUGUGACGAUUAGUUUGCCGCCGGGGACUAAAGCUGAGGCUACGUGGUCGUUGGGGGAUGUUGUUGGGAGGCAGCAGGGUAGGGGGAUGGGUUGA